GGUGACAAUCAGACGAAUUCCAGCCGCUGGAGCGACAGCAUGUGCUUGGUGCGGAUCUUCCAUGUGCUGGGUAUAAUGGCCCUGUUUCCACAGUUCGCUUUCUUCGGCGAAAGUGUCGAUGGGAGUGAGCUGAGCUACGGCGACUUUUACGGCAAUGCCAGUGCCAGAAUGCUACGGUUCCGUGACUUUGAACCGCGCCAGCACGCCGGAAGAAUGGACGUGGAACUUGAGCUGGAUGCAGGGGAGAAUGCUGGACAGGAUCGCGAGGGCCGUGGCUUCCAUUUCCAUGCCAGCGGCGAGGAUGUGAGUGUGGAGUUGGAGUUCAUCGUUCCCUUCCUCAAAGUUCCCGUGAAGAGGAGCAUGCAUCUGGCUCGGAAUGCCGUACAAAACCUACUGAACCUGCGAACUGGAGCUUUGGUCAACACCGCAGUUGUUGUGGCCGCUGGAGCAGUCAUAGCUGCUGUGGUUCGAUUACUUCUAGCCCCACUGGUGAUCACCUCGCUGGGCAAUGGAUACGGCUACAAGUCCGCUCCAGACAGAGGCGGUAAGUUCAAGUGGAACUUAAAUCUUUUAGUGGAUAUAACUAUACAUAUCCUUUGUGGAACAGUGCGCCGGCUGACUGAUGUGGUAGAGUCGCAACUGGAGGAGCACAACAUCGACGUGUCCGUCUGUGUGCAGCGGAUGAUCUGCCAGUAUCUGCAGCAGAACCUAUCAUCUGGAUACGAUAGGGCUCUCAAUGUUUUGACCAGCUCCUCCUGGUUGCAUUCCAUCGUCGAUGGCACAGCAGUUUACCACGCCAUCCAGUCAGCCAGAAGUAGUCGCAGUUGUAACCACACAUAUCGCAGUUGCAAAUGGCCCAAUCAGCUGAACUGGAAGUCUGGGAGCUUACCAAGGGUUCCCGAGUUCUUCAAUGGAUAGUAACAUCAAAAGUUUCAUUCCAUCAACAUUGUUAUAUUUAAUUAUUUAUUGACUUCUAAAUUAAGCAUAAGUAAUCGUAAGUUAUUGUAAGAUAGCGAUUUCAAAUAAAAAAGAAUUAUCUAAAAUAUUUUACCUGCUUUACUUCACGCGAUUGUUUGCUUAUAUAAUGGAAAUGCCGGAAAAUUGGAUUAAUUUCGGCCACUUCUCCCCCAAUUAGAGAAGGUAGCUAUGCUAUCUUCCGCUUUCAUCUACCGACACUCCUCCACUUCCUCCAGCUAAUCGUUUUCGCACCUCCGCAGCUGUUAUGUCACACUCGCCACUUUGCUGCAUUUUGUUUCCCAGUCACGGGUGGCAACUGGAAACUGGAGUCGCAGUUCAAAAUUAUGGCAGCCAAGAGGCAGCCAAGCGGUAA